UCUGCGGGCGAACUCCCUGCAACCAAGAUGGCGCCUCCCGCUCGGUACUGCGUCCCCGGCGAGCGGCUGUGCAGCACGGAGGAGGCCACGGCGGGCAGUGGGACUUACACCCGGCACGGCUUCAUCUUCUCCUCGCUGGCUGGCUGCCUGGAAAAGAGGAGCGAGGACAGUGGGCUGCCCGUCGUGUCGGUGGUGAGAGACGCCGAGUCCCAGCUCCUGCCUGACGUGGGGGCCGUGGUGACCUGCAAGGUUUGCAGCAUUAACUCCCGCUUUGCCAAGGUGCACAUCCUGUACGUCGGCUCCACGCCACUGAAAUCCACCUUUCGGGGGACCAUACGGAGAGAAGAUAUUCGAGCCACGGAGAAAGAUAAGGUAGAAGUGUACAAGAGUUUCCGCCCCGGUGACAUAGUCCUGGCCAAAGUCAUCUCCCUGGGGGACGCACAGUCCAACUACCUGCUGAGCACGGCGGAGAACGAGCUGGGCGUGGUGGUGGCACGCAGCGAGGCAGGGGUGCAGAUGGUGCCCAUCAGCUGGUGCGAGAUGCAGUGCCCACGGACACACACCAAGGACUUCCGCAAGGUGGCCCGGGUGCAGCCCCAGUUCCUGCAGACCUAGCAGCCCCCCAGGAGCUGCAGGGACUCUGCUGGGCUGGGGUCUGCGGGGCCAGAGCAGCCCCAGGGCUCCGGACUCCUCCACAUCC